UUUUUCAACGACCUCACUGAUGAGUACAUUAAUGGUGGUGCAUCUGGUGGUUAUAGAGAGAGAAUGAAGAGAGAGAGGGUGAAAGCCAAGGAACAGUCUGGCCUUAGUAAUUGCUUUUCAGCAUCAUUUCACCUAUAAAGUCCCUCCACUGUCGAUGCUUCUUUUUGUACAUCUCUCUCCCUCCUCCAUCUCUCUUUCUCUCAUUUUCCUCUCAUUUCAUUCUUCCCCUUUUUUUCCUCUGUUUUCCAUUCUCUCUCUGUUUAUUUACUGAAAAUCUCAGUCAAAUCAACAACCCAACCAUUUCUUUCGAAAAACAUCAUCUGGUUUUUCUUUCUCUCGCUCAACAUUUACAAAUUUCCUUCAAAGAAUUGUGUUUUUUUUCCUCGGCAAAAUAUUUUCUUGGAAAAUUUUCGGUUCUUUCCUGUUGCAAUGGAUGUAUCUAUAGCUCUACUGCUAUUCACGGCGAUCACUAGUUAUCUGCUGUGGUUCACCUUCAUCUCAAGAUCAUUGAAGGGUCCACGUGUCUGGCCCUUAUUGGGCAGCUUACCAGGAUUGAUCGAGAACUGCGACCGCUUGCAUGAGUGGAUCGCAGACAAUCUGCGCGCGUGCGGCGGCACGUACCAGACCUGUAUAUGUGCAAUUCCCUUUCUGGCCCGGAAGCAAGGUCACGUGACGGUCACGUGCGAUCCGAGGAAUCUGGAGCAUAUACUCAAGACCCGGUUCGACAAUUACCCGAAGGGCCCCACCUGGCAGGCCGUUUUUCACGACUUGCUUGGCCAGGGGAUCUUCAAUUCCGACGGUGACACGUGGCUCUUCCAGCGGAAGACGGCUGCCCUCGAGUUCACGACUCGGACGCUGCGCCAAGCCAUGGCUCGGUGGGUGAACCGAGCCAUCAAGCUGAGGUUAUGUCCUAUUCUGGAGACGGCUUGGCUCGAAGCUGAGUCGGUAGAUCUGCAAGAUCUCAUGCUCCGGCUCACUUUCGACAACAUUUGUGGCUUGGCUUUCGGGAAAGACCCUCAAACCUUAUCCCCGGGGCUACCCGAUAACAGCUUCGCAGCAGCUUUUGACCGAGCCACCGAAGCCACGCUGCAGCGGUUUAUAUUCCCAGAGAUCUUGUGGAAGCUCAAGAAAUGGCUCCGGCUCGGAAUGGAAGUUGGCUUGAGCCGAAGCCUCGGGCACGUGGACGGUUACUUGUCCGACGUCAUCAAGACACGCAAGGAAGAGCUGAUGAGUCAGCAAAAGGAUUCUAACCCUCACGAUGACUUGCUCUCGAGAUUCAUGAAGAAGAAAGAAUCCUACUCGGAGAAAUUCCUCCAACACGUGGCACUCAAUUUCAUCCUAGCUGGACGCGACACGUCAUCUGCCGCACUGAGCUGGUUUUUUUAUUUGGUUAUCCAAAACCCAAUAGUCGAAGAAAAUAUCAUAAAAGAAAUCUGCACGGUUCUGAUCGAGACACGUGGUGAUGAUGUGUCAAAGUGGGUUAUCGAGCCGCUUGAAUUUGAGGAAGUAGAUCGUUUGGUGUAUCUCAAGGCUUCGCUAUCAGAAACCCUCCGGCUAUAUCCAUCGGUGCCGGAGGACUCGAAACACGUGGUCGCCGAUGAUAUUUUGCCCGACGGGACAUUUGUUCCGUCGGGAUCGUCGGUAACAUACUCGAUAUACUCUGCCGGGAGAAUGAAGUCCACGUGGGGGGAGGACUGUUUGGAAUUCCGGCCGGAGAGGUGGUUGUCCGUUGAGCGCAAGAGUUUUGUGAUCCACGACCAGUUCAAGUUCGUGGCGUUCAAUGCCGGUCCAAGGAUCUGUUUGGGGAGGGAUUUGGCUUACUUGCAAAUGAAGUCGAUCGCAGCAGCGGUGUUGCUCCGCCACCGGCUGGCGGUGGUUCCCGGCCACAAGGUGGAGCAGAAGAUGUCCCUUACUUUGUUUAUGAAGUAUGGGCUCAAGGUCAAUGUGUACAAAAGGGAUUUAUCAGCAAUUAUGGAAAGCGUUAGAAAGGAGAGAGAAAGUGAGAGUGUCGGCGGUGGCAGUGGCAGCGGUGGUGGGGUGGAUGUGGUGGUUGGGGUCGAUAAAUGAGGGGAAAUGUGGUGGUUAGGUUUUGUUGAUAUGAUAUGAAUUGGAGGGGUGGAUGAGCUAGAGAGACUCAAUUUAGGGGAGUUUGGUUGGUUACAAGGACAGGGUUGGCUCCAUGUGAGGUGAGUUUGUUGGGCUAACCAUCUUUAAGGGAUACUCUACUCGUCAAUGCUUUUGAAUGGGCUUUUAGUGGAAAGAGAGAAAAUGACAUAUGAUUUCAUUAAUUCUUAUGACAGAUAGGUCCAAAACUUGUGAGAAAACUUUCACCGACAGUUUCUUUUGUGUUUUUUAUUUUUAUUUUUCCAUGUAAGUUCCUCCACAUUUUAUUUGCACCAUAAACUCUGGUUUGGAGUUGAUCAAUGUAAUGGGAGUUUAUUGAUCAAUCAUGUAAAAUGUAAGGUGGAUUGAGCAUAUAUAGGUCAGACUAUUUAAUCGCAUUAA